AUGGAAGCAGACGACAGUGUGGCUGACAAACUUCGUAACGUUGAACUAAAAGCGAAAAUACAUGGUGAGGAUGAGUUUGCCCGUCGUGUGACGAUUGCCAAGAAACUCACCGGCACAGACGGUACAGUAAUUACACAAAGCGACGUCUUUUUCAACGCAUCUCAAGGACGACUAAAGCUCCGCUAUCUGACGCAUAAAAAAUCUGAACUGAUAAGUUACGAUCGGCCAGAUGUAGCAGGACCGAAACUAUCGCUCUAUUCCAAAAUGGACAUCGACGAACCGAAGUGUCUUGAGCAAAUACUGUCCGAAUCGGUUGGCGUGCGUGGCAAACUGGAUAAGAAGCGUUUACUAUUCCUGCACGGUCAGACACGAAUUCAUCUAGAUGCCGUCACAUCCCUCGGACACUUUCUUGAGUUCGAAGUGGUGCUCAAACCCGAACAAACCAUUGAGGAAGGACAGGCUGUGGUGGAGGAAAUGAAGCGUUUAUUCGAAAUUUCGGAUGAAGAUUUAAUGACGGGCGCUUAUAUUGAUCAGCUGCUGAAAUAA